AAGGAGGAGGGCUGAGGAUGGAGGGUGUUCCCUCUUGCUUCUGCCUAUGUGUCAAGUGGCAGGAGAAAUUUUGAAAGCUGUGAGGAGGAGCUAGUGACUGGGUUUUGGGGUGUUUCGUACCCCACCCUCCCCACUUGUAGGAAAACCUCUUCACAUUCAGAGGUAAUUGAAUUGGAAGGAGGAGGACUGGCCUGGAAAUAGGAGGAAAGCAAUUCUCCUGCUGCUCCUUCUCCUGUCUUUUAUCCCUUUGCCUUCUGACUCUCCUCCAAACCCAGCUCAGCUGUGCCAAGGUGGCCGCAGCGUGCCCCGCACACGUGCCAGCCAUUGGGAAUCUGCUUAAGCCACCCUGGGCAUCCCAAGCUGCCCUGUUAUCCAGCCACCAUUCCUGACCAUUGGGACCACUUCUGAUGGCUGUAGCCUCUGCUGCCCCAGGGAGCAUCUUCUGUAAGCAGCUCCUUUUCUGUCUCCUGGUUUUAAUAUUAUCUUGUGAUGCUUGUCAGAAAAUUUCUCUUCAAGUUCCUUCUCAUCUUCAGGCUGAAACACUUGUAGGCAAAGUGAAUCUGAAGGAAUGUUUCCCAGCCACCAGUCUAAUCCUGUCCAGCGACCCUGACUUCAGGAUUCUAGAAGAUGGCUCCAUUUACACAACACACGCCCUCACUUUGUCUUCUGAAAGGAAGAGCUUUUCCGUUUUUCCUUCAGAUGGCCAGAGCCAGGAACAGAAAAAAAUAGAAAUUGUACUGGAUGUGAGAGGAAAGAAGGUUCCCAAGAAGAGGCACACCAGAGACACAGUUCUCAAACGCAGCAAGAGACGAUGGGCCCCUAUUCCCUGUUCGCUGAUGGAGAACUCAUUAGGUCCAUUUCCACAACAUGUUCAGCAGGUCCAGUCUGAUGCCGCACAGAACUACACCAUCUUUUACUCCAUAAGUGGACCAGGAGUGGACAAAGAGCCCUUCAAUUUGUUCUACAUAGAUAAGGACACGGGGGACAUCUUUUGUACACGAAGCAUAGAUCGUGAGCAGUAUGAACAGUUUCCACUCUACGCCUAUGCCACAACAGCAGACGGUUAUGCCCCGGAGUAUCCACUCCCCUUGCUGUUCAAAGUUGAAGAUGAUAAUGAUAACGCUCCAUAUUUUGAAAACAAAGUGACUGUCUUCAGUGUGCCUGAAAAUUGUCGAACUGGAACUUCAGUGGGACAAGUGACUGCCAUAGACCUUGAUGAACCAGACACUCUCCAUACUCGUCUGAGAUAUAAAAUCUUACAGCAAAUCCCAGAUCAUCCAAAGCAUUUCUCCAUACAUCCGGAUACAGGUGUCAUCACCACAACUACACCUUUACUGGAUAGAGAACAUUGUGAUACAUACAAGUUAGUAAUGGAAGUGCGAGACAUGGGGGGCCAACCUUUUGGUUUAUUUAAUACAGGAACAAUUACUAUUUCACUUGAGGAUGAAAAUGACAAUCCACCAUAUUUUACUGAAACUUCUUAUUUUACAGAAGUAGAAGAAAACAGAAUUGACGUUGAGAUUUUACGAAUGGCGGUACAUGACCAGGACUUGCCAAACACUCCUCACUCAAAGGCUGUCUACAAGAUCCUACAGGGAAACGAAAAUGGAAACUUCAAAAUUAGCACAGACCCAAAUACAAAUGAAGCAGUCUUGUGUGUUGUCAAGCCAUUGAACUAUGAAGUCAAUCGCCAGGUUGUUUUGCAAGUUGGUGUCCUUAAUGAAGCACAAUUUACUAAAGCAGCAAAUUCAAAAACUCCUACUAUGUGCACUACAACUGUCACUGUUAAAAUUAAAGACAGCGAUGAGGGUCCUGAAUGCCAACCGCCAGUGAAAGUUAUUCAGAGUAAAGAUGGCCUCCAAGUUGGACAAGAAUUGCAGGGAUACAAAGCGUUGGAUCCUGAUACACGCAGUGGUGAAGGCUUAAGGUAUAAGAAGAUAGGAGAUGAAGAUAACUGGUUUGAAAUUAAUGAACACACUGGUGACUUGAGAACUAUAAAAGUACUAGAUAGAGAAUCAAAAUUUGUAAAAAACGACCAAUACAAUGUUUCUGUGGUUGCAAUGGAUACAGAUGGCAGAUCUUGCACGGGAACAUUAGUAGUUCUUUUGGAAGACUUUAAUGAUCACCCACCACAGAUUGAUAAGGAAGUGACAAUUUGUCAGCAUGAUAAGGAUUAUGCUGUUCUGGAACCUGUAGAUGCUGAUGGACCUGAGAAUGGUCCACCUUUUCAAUUCUUUCUGGAUAAUUCUGCCAACAAACUUUGGAAUUUAGAAACAAAGGAUGGUAAAACUGCCAUUCUCCGUCAGCAGCAAAUUCUUGAUUAUAACUAUUACACUGUGCCUAUCAUAAUAAAAGAUAGACAUGGCUUAAAUGCAAAACACAUAUUAACAGUGAGAGUAUGUGACUGUACAACUCCAUCAGACUGUAAAAUGAAUAUAAAAAAUGUGAGAGAUGUUAAGCCAAAUGUAAUACUUGGAAGAUGGGCUAUUCUUGCCAUGGUGUUGGGUUCUGCAUUGCUGUUAUGUGUUCUGUUUGCUUGUUUCUGUGUUACUGCUAAGAGAACAGUAAAGAAGUGUUUUCCAGAUGUAGCCCAACAAAAUUUAAUUGUGUCAAACACUGAAGGACCUGGAGAAGAAGUGAUGGAAGCAAAUAUUAGACUCCCCACACAGACAUCCAAUAUUUGUGACACAAGCAUGUCUGUUGGCACUCUUGGUGGCCAAGGAGUCAAAACACAGCAAAGCUUUGAGAUGGUCAAAGGUGGCUACACUUUGGAUUCUGGCAAAGGCGGUGGACAUCAGACCUUGGAAUCUGUCAAGGGAGCAGGACAGGGAGUAAUGGAGGCUGGAAGAUACACAUAUACUGACUGGCACAGCUUCACCCAACCUCGGCUUGGCGAGAAGGUGUACCUGUGUGGACAAGACGAGGAGCAUAAACAUUCUGAAGACUACGUGCGUUCGUAUAACUACGAAGGGAAAGGGUCUAUGGCGGGCUCUGUAGGCUGCUGCAGCGAUCGGCAGGAAGAAGAAGGGCUUGAGUUUCUAGAUCACCUGGAACCCAAAUUUAGGACGCUAGCAAAGACAUGUGUCAAGAAAUAAAUGUGUGUUUUAACAGAGAAACAUCUACAAAUGCAUAUGUAGGAGUUCGUUGAAUGUAAAUUGAUAGCAGCAUCUGCUAAUAUUUUGUUUAUUGGAAGUAAACUUUGAGUCAUGUAUAGAUAAGGACGCUAUAAAUACAAGGUUCCCUGAAAUUCUCCUCGUCUCACGUAACUUCCAUAUUCUCUAGAAAGAAAAGUUUCCUGUGUUAAUUUUCCUUUCUAUGCAUGUAUAUAUUGCCCUUUUCAGGACUCUACCAAUGUGCGUUCUUGUAUCUUCUAUUUGAAAACUUAUGUUACUCUCUAUGCUACGGAAGCGUGUCGUGGGAGAGCUGGGUAUUGUCGAGGCUAAUAAAAAAUGCAUUUUAAUUUGAGAUGAAAA